CUCACCUAAAUAAACUCAGCCGUUUAACAAACUUUUCUCUCUCCUUGCCACGUUUCUCUCAAUAUUUGCCUCCCAUAUCUAACUUACAAAAACUUUCAACAUUUUUUCUUCCUUUCAAUUUUACUUCUCUUCUCCUUUCCGUCAACUUCCCACCGGUUACCGGCUGGGAACCGUUGACCACCACUUCCACGCUCACAUUCAUAUUACACAACCACCGGUAACCUCCCCCUUUUCCGUUUCCACAUUGUGAUCAUAAUAACCAAAUCCUAACCGUUGAAAAAAAAAAAAACAUUCAACACCAACAUGAUAGAGAACGUGAAAGGGAGUUUCAAACGUUCGAUCUACCUUCAUGGUGAUCUAGACCUUCACAUUAUAGAAGCACGUUGUCUUCCCAACAUGGACCUCUUCUCGGAGAAUUUCCGACGGAUAUUCUCGUCGUGUCGCGCACCUUUUUCUAGGAAGAAAAAGGUGUCGACGACGACAGAAGGAAAAAACCACGGUCCCGAUCUUAAACUUCCUAAAAAUAAAAAGAUCAUCACAAGUGAUCCUUACGUAACGGUGAACCUAAGUGGGGCAACCGUUGCACGAACACGCGUAAUUCCUAACUGUCAAAAUCCUAUAUGGGAGGAACAUUUUAGUAUUCCGUUAGCUCAUGAAUUGGCUGACAUCGAGUUUAAGGUAAAGGAUGAUGAUGUUCUUGGUGCUGAUAUGAUUGGUGUUGCUACAAUCCCAGCUUUAUCGAUCUGUUCAGCCGAAGAGAUUGAUGAUUGGUUUCCAAUACUUAUGGACAAUGGCAAACCCCCUAAGCCUAAUGCUGCCAUUCAUCUGCGCCUCAGAUUCCUUUCAUGCAACGCCAACUUGAGCAUUGCAGAUGGCGAUCACAGUGUGAGGCGUAGCUACUUCCCUGCACGGCCAGGGGGAAGGGUGACAUUGUACCAGGACGCUCAUGUAGCAGACAACGAGCUCCCGAAGAUUGAGCUGGAACAAGGAGUGGAGUAUCAACAUGGAAAGUGUUGGGAGGAUAUAUGCCAUGCUAUUGCAGAGGCACAUCACUUGGUGUAUAUUGUAGGAUGGUCGGUGUACCAUAAGGUGAGGCUGGUAAGAGAGCCUACUCCUGGAAGGCCGAUACUGCCUAAUGAUGGGGAGUUGAGUUUAGGGGACCUCUUGAAGUAUAAGUCUCAGGAAGGUGUCAGAGUAUUGUUGCUUGUAUGGGAUGAUAAGACCUCCCACAGUAAAUUCUUCAUCAACACGCAAGGUGUGAUGCAAACUCAUGAUGAAGAAACGAGGAGGUUUUUUAAGCAUUCUUCUGUCAUUUGCACUCUGUCACCCCGCUAUGCCAGCAGUAAGCUUAGCAUUAUCAAACAGCAGGUUGUCGGUACUCUGUACACGCACCAUCAAAAAUGUGUUAUUGUGGAUACUCAAGCACCUGGAAAUAAUAGGAAAAUAACAGCUUUCUUGGGAGGCUUAGACCUUUGUGAUGGCCGCUAUGACACCCCAGGGCAUCGUCUCUUUCGUGACCUUGACACUGUUUAUAAAAAUGAUUACCACAAUCCCACACUUGAUGGAAGUAAGGGCCCUAGAGAACCAUGGCAUGAUCUUCACUGCAAAAUCGAAGGACCAGCCGCAUAUGAUGUGCUCACUAACUUUGAGCAGCGAUGGAGAAAAGCCACAAAAUCAUCCAUUAGACGGAAAAUCAAGCAUUGGCAUGACGAUGCCUUACUGAAGAUAGACCGUAUUUCUUGGAUACUUAGCCCUUCAAAAUCUGCUUCCCCUAAUGAUCUAUCACUACGGGCUUGUGAAGAAAAUGAUCCUGAAGGUUGGCAAGUUCAGGUUUUUCGGUCUAUAGAUUCAGGGUCAGUGGAAGGUUUUCCAAAGGAUGUUCAAGUGGCUGAAUCGCAGAACCUGGUUUGUGCCAAGAAUUUGGUGAUAGACAAGAGCAUCCAAACAGCUUACAUUGAAGCAAUCAGAUCAGCUCAACAUUUCAUAUAUAUAGAAAACCAGUACUUCCUCGGAUCAUCAUAUGCAUGGCCAUCUUACAAAAACGCAGGUGCUGAUCAUUUGAUACCAAUGGAGUUGGCACUUAAGAUAGCUAGCAAAAUCAGAGCGAAAGAAAGAUUUGCAGUCUAUAUUGUCAUCCCUAUGUGGCCUGAGGGUGUUCCUUCCUCUGCUUCUGCUCAAGAAAUUCUUUUUUGGCAGGGACAAACCAUGCAAAUGAUGUACAAUAUAAUAGCACAGGAGAUCAAAGCAAUGAACCUUGACGAUGCACACCCACGAGACUACCUAAAUUUCUAUUGCCUUGGCAAUCGCGAACCAACCCUGGACUUGGUGGAUUCAGGCCAUCAAUCAUCUAAUGGGCUUUCGCCUUCACAAAAGCACCGAAGAUUCAUGAUAUAUGUGCACGCCAAAGGAAUGAUAGUUGAUGACGAAUAUGUGAUAUUGGGUUCAGCCAACAUUAACCAAAGAUCAAUGGCUGGUUCAAGAGACACCGAGAUAGCUAUGGGUGCUUAUCAACCGCAUCACACCUGGAGUAGCAAGAAAGGACAUCCAUUUGGCCAAGUAUACGGGUACAGAAUGUCAUUAUGGGCGGAACACCUAGGAGGGUUAGACGACCUCUUCAAAGAAGCCGAAAAUUUGGAUUGUGUCAGGACUGUAAACUACAUAGCUGAUGAGAAUUGGAAAAAAUUUGUAGCUGAUGAAUAUUCUCCAAUGCAAGGCCACCUCCUUAGAUAUCCUAUUUUUGUGGGUAAGGAUGGAACAGUACAGUCUUUACGUGGGCACGAAAAUUUCCCAGACGUUGGUGGUAAGGUGCUUGGAGCUGCUAACUCGCUUCCAGAUGCUCUCACUACUUGAUAAGUAACUCUUUGUAGCCUGCUUAGCUGCCCUUCUUUGAUGUGCAUAUACACACUUGUGUACAAAGUUUACAUGACAUAUAACUAACACAUGAAAAAGAAAUAGGAACCCAGUUAUUCUUUUUCAUUUAUAUGAUUUUGUUUUUCCCUUUUCUCCCGACGUGGUUUCUGGUGAUGGUGGUGAAAGAUGAGAAGAUUACAUUAUGUUAAUAGAUUUUUUUUUAUUUUAUGAUGCAGUAACAAAGAUGUAUACUGUAUAGAAGAGAGUAAAUACAUUGGGGUUUUACCCUCUUUUUCUACUGAUGUUCCAGAUUUAGCAUUGAUAUCUAUAUUUGCAAAAUUUGGAUUUUUUUGUUGUAAUUGUAACACACCCCCCCCCCCCCUCCCCCUUCCCUUUUUCUCUCAAAAAAUUUGGUGAUCACUAAUCAGUUGUAUGCAAUGGAUCUUAACCUAUUUUGUAGAGGAGGCCGAGUAAAUAAUUAAAAGUUGAGCAGUUAAAUUUUUUUAAAAGUUGAAAUAAGAUACUUAACAUAAAAUUUUAUGGCCACAAACAAUUUUUAGCUAAUGUAAUUGUUUUAAACACCUAAACCUCAACAAUUAAGUUUUGU